GGAGGUCCAGAAUCAAGAAUAACCUGCAUAUCACAGAGACUGACAUCAUGGCACAGACAACGAAAAAUGUUGUCCUUAUUGGAAGCACAGGAAAUGGCAAAAGCAGCGUUGGGAAUAUGAUUCUUGGAGAAACAGCAUUCAUCACUAACGCUUCGGCUAAUUCUGUUACAACUGAAUGUCAGAGAAAAGAGAAAAUCAUAAAAAAAAUAAAAAUGGCAGUUAUUGAUACCCCUGAUUUCUUUGACACAGAAAAUGAGGAGAAGAUGAAAUCAGAGAUAAUCAAAGCUCUGAUUGAAUGUUCGGAAGGCAUUCACGCCUUUAUCAUUGUCCUAAAGGUUGGAAGAUUCACAACAAAUGAAAGGAAGAUGGUGCAACACCUUCUGAACACAUUGACAGAGGAGGUCUUUGAACACACAAUGAUUUUAUUCACUUUUGGUACGCAACUAGAAGAACACCAAACCAUUGAAAAAUUUGUGGAGACCAAUUCACAACUAAAGCAGCUGGUUGAGAAAUGUCGAGGUCGCUGUCAUGUCAUUGACAACAAAUACAAAAAAAAAGGACACACAAAAAAAGUGAUGAACACCAUCCACGCCAUUCUGAAAAAGGACAGCUGCUACACCAACGCUCUGCUUCAAGAGUUGAAGAACCAAAUUGAAGAAAAGAUGAAAGAAAAGAAAGCACACAAAAUGAGUUCAGAAAUGAAACAAUUAAAAGCAAAGAACAAUGUUCAUGAAACAAUUGUGAGGCGGGCUGCAGGAACAGCAUCACGGGUGCUGGUUAAUGCUUUUCUGGGUUCUUGUGAUCUAGUAGGUUCAGGUCUAAUAAAAACCAUUUCAGCAAGUCUAGAAAAUAUUGCUGAAAUAGCUGCUGGAGCAAAUGUUCUGGGUGCAGGAGAAGCAGCAGCAACAGUGGCUGCGAGUGUCAAAGCAGCAUCUGCCGCUGUUGUUGUUAGUGCAGCUCUUGGAGGAGCUGUUAUAAGAGUUCUUUCUGGACGGAAAGCAGAAGAUACAGCAAUGACCAGCUCUGAGAAUGCAAUCGCUUUAAUGAACGAUGCACAAACUGCGCUUGAGAAUGCAAAAAAUAUGCUUGAAAGAGCAACAACUAUGCUUAAGAAAAAAAAAAAGUAA